CAAAUAUAUCUCUUCACUGAAAAUAUUGAAAAACAAACCUUCAUAAUGAAUAAUCUUACAAAUCAAGCUACUGGCGCUCAGCCUUCAAUAUCCCAAAAUACUACAGCGCAUAUAGACCUUCCUAUUAAUGCUAUAGCCGCACAUUUAAUCAAUGGUGCCAACCCCUUCGCUGAAAUACAACGCACGGAAACUCAAACAGUUCCUCUACAAAACGUACAACUUUCGGACGUAUUAUUUUCUGGCUCUUCAUUUGUACAACAUAAAUAA